AUGGGCAUAAAGGAGUGUCCUAUGCGACGCAAGCACAACAAAUGUUGGAGCGAGAAUCGAUCCCGUUACGGACCUAUGAAACAACAAGCCCAUAACUUACACUGCUCUUCUAUGGAACACCUUCCAAAUAUCUAUACCAAGUCUUCCGAAUCUAGUGAUGAUCCACAUAACCAUCCCAAUCAUCAUUUAUCUUCAUCGACGGCCUUGCAAGAGAUAGCAAUCGAAAUAGACGCUGCGACAAUGACGGAAGACAACAGUACAACGGCCACAUCAAAUUUUGCAUUCAAAGUAGCCGCCGACAACGCUGUCGUUCCGAUUAUUCGUGCUCCUAUUCAUGCCGACUCUGAUGAGGAAAGCAGAGGUGUUAUCAGGCAUAUGAAGAGAAGAUCUUCGAUCAACUCAAAUACGACCGCCGAGACUGAUGAAUUUUCUAAUGAGGAAGCUGAAGAAAACCAGCCUCAAGGAGAUUAUAGAUGUCAGUGUGUGUAUUGGCAUUCUUAUGAAAGCGGCCAGAAAUUUUUAGCCAGUGCGGUGGCGGAACCUAAAAAUGAAUGCGUCAAAAUAAAGCGCAAGCGUUUCAUUGCUGCAGACGACUGCUGUAGCAGUUGCUCCAGAUGUUCUAGCUGUUCAUGUUCCCACGUACAUACUAGUAGUUGCAGCAGUUUCGAGGAAUGGCCAGGAAUCACAUCGAACACCCAGUCGUUUACUGUAUCCGCAGAUUGCCACCGUUGUGCUACCAAACGACACUCAGCAGUGUCAAGCACUGACUAUACCGGCAAUAAUGAUAACCCUUUCAUUUCAGACGAAGUACUUCCCCAACCUUUAAUUCAAGACACCACCGAUAGCUCGGCUCCCACCAGUCGUCGCAGUAGUAUUACAACAAGUUUCUGUUCGUGCACCUCAAAUGCUCCAUGCUGUUGUGGCGAAGAUUCGGCUACAGGACAAAUGUGUACGGCGCAGGACGCAACUAUACGUACAUCUUCGAUUGGUAAAGUCGCCUGUCUGGAUGUUGACGAACAACAUUCAAGUACCUUGACACCUUUGACUAACCCAUCAUCUGCAGUGUCUACGCCAGUCGGGGAAGAAGGAGACGUCACUAUGAGAAGCAUAAGCCAGCCGUUGACUGAUGACACAUCCUCUCAUAGUCAUUCAGCUGAUUAUUAUUCCUUAUCGUCCAGUCAGCCGCACUCACAAACGACACCAAAUAAAACUCCCAGGCAUGCAGUUAUUUUGCAAAAAUCUACAGAAGCUGCCCGAGUAGAUGUUGCAGGUGAAACAUUUGAUGGUGAAGAUCAUGAUAAAAAAUCGCGAAAACCAUGCAAACAUUUCGGAAAACACCAUCGUCAUAAACCGAUUGAUGUAAAUUCGUUGCUACAGCAGACUAUACGUCAAUCCGCCAUUCUGCAGGAGAAUUCUCAACCGCCCGAUGAUAGUUUGUCAGCGUUGGCCAGAAGAAAACAGCAGUUACGUCUACCCACGCAACCACAAGAUCUGAGUGUUGGCAGCAAUGAUAGUUCUUCCGCAACUCUAACUUCCAUAGUAACAAUAGCGAAAUUCCCUCCACUUUCCAUGCAAAUCCCGAAAUCACAAUUGUUGUCAUCAAAUUUGUCGCAGCCGCCUUCAUCAGUUCAAUCGCUGUCAGCCAUCACAGCACUGUGUGGAACCAAUGGGUCCAGUGUUGUUACAACAACGACAUCCACAACCUCAGCUCCCAAUAGCGGGCGCUUGAAGCGUAACCCAAAGUUUUCUCCAUUGAUUGGUGAGCCAUUCAGCUGUGAUCCACUACUGAAUGCUGCCCAAGAACGGCGUUCCACGGAGAUUAUUUUAUAG